AGAAUAUGGAGAUAGAUGCCGUCACUCCGGAUCAACCGCGUCAGCAGCAACAACAACAACAACAACAACAACAACAAUCACAACAAUCACAAUCAAGUCAAGCACAGACAUCACGACCCAGAAACGAGCCUAUGCAACAGUCGCAAACAGCUCAACAACCUGAAAUGAAACAAGAAAAUGCCCGUGCUUCCUUAAGAAAUAGAUAUCAACAAUACGACCAAGCCAUUAUGGAACAACGAAAAAACCGACCCAAACUCAAACUAGACGAUUUCCAUUUACUCCGUACAUUGGGUACCGGUUCGUUUGGCCGGGUGCAUCUAGCACAGUCGCGACACAAUGGUCGCUAUUAUGCGAUCAAAGUUCUGAAAAAGACAGAGGUAGUGCGACUAAAGCAAGUAGAGCAUACCAAUAAUGAAAAACAUAUCUUGGAAGCGGUGGCCAAUCCCUUCCUGGUGAACCUGUGGGGUACUUUCCAAGAUGAUGCCAAUUUGUACAUGGUACAGGAUUUUGUACCUGGUGGUGAAUUGUUCAGUGUCCUAAGAAAAAGCAAGAGAUUCCCAGAUCAUGUUGCAAAGUUCUAUGCCGCUGAAGUCAUUCUCGCUCUUGAAUAUCUUCAUAAAAAAGAUAUUGUGUAUCGUGAUUUGAAGCCUGAAAACUUACUGCUGGAUGCCAACGGUCAUAUUAAAAUUACUGAUUUUGGAUUUGCUAAACUUGUCCCAGACAUUACCUGGACCUUGUGUGGCACGCCUGAUUAUUUAGCUCCCGAAGUCAUUCAAUCGAAAGGUUACAGUAAAGCGGUGGAUUGGUGGAGCUUGGGUAUUUUGAUAUUUGAAAUGUUGGCUGGUUAUCCACCUUUUUACGAUGAUGAUCAUUUGAAACUGUAUGAAAAGAUUUUACAAGGCAAGAUUCGCUGGCCAUCCUAUUUCGACCCAAACGCGAAGGAUUUACUUACACAUCUGCUUACUUCGGAUUUAUCACGUCGUUAUGGUAAUCUGAAGAACGGAGCUGCCGAUAUCAAACAACAUGCUUGGUUUCAUGGAGUGGACUUUGAUCGCGUGGCCAAUCGACAAAUUAGAGCACCGUACAUACCACAAAUACGUGGUGAUGGUGACGCUAGUCAUUUUGAUAGAUAUCCAGAGACCAAUGAACAAUAUGGUGCGCCUGCCGAUGACCCCUAUAGAGAGAAAUUCCCAGAUUUUUAACAAAAAAAAAAAAAAAAAAGAAA